CUAACUACCAGAAGAUCUCAAAGACUUCGAUUUUCUUGACCCAAGCAACUACUAUAGUUAAGUAUAGUUAACAAGCAACUUAAAACGACAGCGACAAAAACCAUGUCACUCUACUUGGCGCCCACGGCCACCGCCGCCACCACCCUCCCAAUAAGGCAGCUAGUAGCACCGCCUCCGCCGCCGUCGUCCAUCAACCUAAGGCAGCUGGAACGAGGCAUGGCGCUCCCCCUGCCACCGGCGCCACCGCCACCACCUCUGGUCAGUAGUGCCAGCAAUAGGCACGUCGGAGCAAAGCACAAGGCCGUGAUGGUGAUGGGCGCCACGGGGACCGGCAAGUCGCGCCUCGCGGUGGACCUCGCCCUCCAGUUCGGCGGCGAGGUCAUCAACUCCGACAAGAUCCAGGUGCACGCCGGCCUGGAGGUGACGACGAACAAGGUGACGGAGGAGGAGCGCGCCGGCGUGCCGCACCACCUGCUCGGUGUGGCGCGCCCCGACGAGGAGUUCACGGCCGCGGACUUCCGCCGCGAGGCGUCCCGCGCCGCGUGCGCGAUCACCGCGCGCGGGCGCGUCCCCAUCAUCGCCGGCGGGUCCAACUCGUACGUGGAGGAGCUCGUGGACGGCGACCGCCACGCGUUCCGGGACCGCUACGACUGCUGCUUCCUGUGGGUGGACGUGCAGCGCGCCGUGCUGCACGGCUACGUCGCCCGGCGCGUCGACGAGAUGUGCGCCCGCGGACUGGUGGACGAGGUCGCGGCCGCCUUCGACCCGCGCCGCACCGACUACUCCCGCGGCAUCUGGCGCGCCAUUGGCGCGCCGGAGCUCGACGCGUACCUGCGGUGGUCGGGAGACGAGGGCGACGGCGACGGCGACGGCGAGCGGGCCAGGUUGCUGGCCGCCGCCAUAGAGGACAUCAAGUCCAACACCCGCCGGCUGUCGUGCCGGCAGCGCGCCAAGAUCCAGCGGCUCGCCAAGCUGUGGGGGUGCGCCGUCCGGCGCGUGGACGCCACCGAGGUCUUCCGGAGGCGCGGCGACGAUGCCGACGAGGCGUGGCAGCGGCUCGUCGCCGCGCCGUGCAUCGACGCGGUGCGCUCCUUCCUACGCAACGACGACGCCGCGGCCGCCAAUGAUCUGCCGGCCGCCGAACUAGUGCCCGUGUUCGCUCCCGCGCCGGCAGCGGCCGUCGCCGGAUAACGAAUGAAGCUGCUUGAUCGGCGUUGACAGCUGCACUGCAUUCACGACACCAUUACUUGGUGCGAUGGCAUUGGCCGAGAUCGUCAUCAAGAAGGAGAAAGGGAGUGAUCGAGAGCGAGGGGAAUGGCGAGCACAAUUAGUAAUGGAGUUAGAGUAGAUAGUACGUCGGAACAUGCAUGGGAAUCGCAAGUAAGUAGUAAAUCUAUAGAGAUCGAUUAGCGUAA